AAGCAGAGGCAAUCCGUUGCCUCUAAAUUGUAACAAUAUCAUAUCUGGUAGUAUAAAUCGAUAUAGACUAUAUAUUUAUAAUAUUUAUAGACAUAACUUGAAAUUAUUUUGCCAAGGUCAUAAUGCUUCAUAUCCAUUUUUCUUGGACUUGUGUUAAAUGUGUUCUGCAAUAAUUCAGCAGACAACAGACAACAUGGAGAGAAAAGGUUCUUCGCUCUUACGGAUCUUUCGACAUUUUUGGAAUUCUUUCGGUGCUCCAAACUCGAUACUAAAAGGAGAAGAUCACCUGGGGAACAAAUACUACGAAAGACUUGCGGAUGAGAGGAGGAAUCGAAAAGGUUGGCGUUAUGUGAAACCUUUUCAUAGACAGACCAAGGUGGACAGUGAACUAGAAAUACCAACAGAAUGGAAUGCAUGGCUUCGGCACAGCAGGAAAACCCCGCCCUCACUUCAGGAAAUUGAACACAAUUAUAUGUCGAUGAUGAAAACACGACAGAGAGCACUGGAAGUUGAAACCAGAGAAGAAGAGGAAAAAUUGUCAUUAGAAGCAAAUAGUGAAAUUUCUACAAACCUGGACGCCUCCAAAUUACUUGAAAAACAACCACAUCCCGAUUUUGAAGAUAUGGAAUUAAAAUCAGGAUCUACUAGAAAGUUGGACUAUAAAGAUAAAGAAGCACCCAUAGACAGAACAGUGUCGUGACAUCAACUGUAAUGGCCAGUUUGUUUUUUUGAAAGAAAUUGUACAUACGCUGUUAUUCUGAAGUAAAGACUGAUGAUGCACUAUUUGUAAACUCCAUUGUUCUGGAAAUGUUAUAUUUCAGAUUUUAUUGUUACACUUCAAACAACAACAUCAUUUUCUUUAGACCAUGUAAUUUUAAGUUACUUUUGAGAAAGAAAUUCUUAUAAAAAUCUGAGGCAUAGGUUAAAUAAUUCCUUAACCUAGUAUAUCAAUAAUACAUAAAAUACAAAUGUACACAUAGUUUGUACAGUGGGUCAAAGUUAAGAUGCCAGAUGAAGGAAUUCUGUUAAUUGGUGUGCUAAGAUAUUAAUGGAGUCAUUUUAAUACAGUGCAGUGAAAUACUGUUCCCGCUAUAUUAUCAACAUGUAAUGAACAUGUGGUAUUAACAUUUUGAUUGUAUACGAUCAUUUUUGUGCCAAUCUGGUAAUGUUGGGAUGGUGAAUAUGUUUAUAUGAUAACUAUGAAUGAAUAAAUUGUGUCAUAAAGUA